CAGUGGUGGACAGAUAAGGGCUGUGUUGGAAACACCGCGCGAUCCAGAUCAGGCACCACACAGAAUAACCAUUCUAAGGUCGGAACUUCACAUCACAAUAUUCCAUCUACCACCCACGAUCUGAAAGUGUUUUCUAUGUAGAUGUUCUAAUCUGAAAACGUGACUCUCACUUUCCUCCCAACUGACACGUGUUGAUGUAACUGGAAGACUGCUCCAACCCUCACUCACUCACUCGCGAGUCAAUCACUACAGGCGUCAUUUCAGGUCGGGCGUCUGUUUUGGGUUUUACGGUCAGCGUGAGGAAUGGCGAGGUACAAACUCCUGAUCAGGUCAGCUCGACAGGUCGUGCAGGUUACAGACACAGGUGCACGUGCACUAUAUGGCACGGACAUGCAACACGUGGCGGUACUGGAAGGGGGCCAUAGCAUCGUGGUAGGGCUGGACGGUAAAAUCCGCGACAUUGGUCCCGACAGCGAGAUACUAGACAGGUACAGGGAGGAGGAUUUCACCACCAUCAUCAACGCUAGCCGGAGAUGUGUGAUGCCAGGUUUAGUGGACGCCCACACCCACCCUGUGUGGGCCGGGGACCGGGUGCAUGAGUUCGCUAUGAAGUUGGCCGGGGCGUCCUACAUGGACGUGCACAACGCCGGCGGUGGUAUACACUACACCGUGGACCACACCCGGCGGGCAACGCAAGAGGAGCUACUGGAAUCGUUCUGUGGUCGGCUCCGGGCCAUGGUCCGGUUUGGUACCACGCUGGUUGAAUGUAAAAGUGGAUAUGGUCUGGACACGGACAACGAAUUGAAGAUGUUGAGAGUGAUAGACGAGGGAAGAAAGAGCGUCAGUAUUGACGUGUCCAGUACAUACUGUGGCGCACACGCUGUCCCGAAAGGUCGAACCGCGGCAGAGGCUACGGAUGACGUCAUCAAGAGGCAGCUCCCUGCCAUACAGAAACUGAUGACGUCAGGCGAGCUCCACGUAGACAACAUCGACGUGUUCUGUGAGAAAGGGGUGUUUGACGUCACACAGUCACGUGAUAUACUCUUGGCGGGGAAAGCUGCGGGGUUACAGGUCAACUUCCAUGGUGAUGAGUUGCACUGUCUGAACUCCGCCGAGAUGGGAGCUGAUAUCGGUGCCCUUGCCAUCAGCCAUCUUGAAGAGGUGUCACGUGACGGUAUCAGUGCCAUGGCAAGGAGUGGUACUGUGGCAGUUAUUCUGCCUACGACGGCCUAUAUACUGCGGUUAUCUCCCCCUCCCGUCCGUCAGAUGAUCACGGAAGGCGUGGCAGUUGCACUGGGGUCGGAUUUCAACCCGAAUGCAUAUUGCUUAUCAAUGCCGAUGGUGAUGCAUCUUGCUUGUGUCAAUCUGCGCAUGUCCAUGCCGGAAGUGCUAUGCGCCAGUACAAUCAACUCGGCCGCAGCUCUCGGCAUGUCGUCCAGCCACGGUUCUAUAGAAGUGGGGAAAGUGGCCAAUCUUCUCGUCUUGGACGCACACAGGUGGGAACAUCUGAUCUACCAGUUUGGUUGUAGUGACGUCAUUCAGCACGUCAUCUGGCACGGUGACGUGGUCCACAGCAAGACAACAUCCGCAACGUCAUAAUCCGCUACGUUUUGUUUGUUUGAUGUAUUGUUUGCCAAAGAUUGGCUUGCUUGUUGACUUCUUACGGAACAGAUUUUGAAUGUUAAUUUAACGUUACUUAUAUGCUUGACCUGUGUGAAUCGCUGUGCAGAGUAGCUACCCUUGGGUUCGCCGAAAACCCAUGAUCUUAGGUUGGAAUCCCAGUUACGUUUCAAUGUUUGUCAGCUCCAUACACAUGGUCAUGGGUUUCACAAAAGUGGUAAGAGACAUGCAUCUCUUCGGGCGUUUCUCCCACAUUAAGCAGACCCCCCGUGAUGUAACUGGAAUACGGCGCUAAAACCAGCUCAUUGACUCACUCCCUGUUCGUCCAUGAGUAGUUUCAUGUCAUCAGUUUAACCGAUGUUCCAAUACCAUAGUCCUUGAGAACAAUACUUAUUCUUUUGUGGCUUUGCCGAAAACGCAAAAAUAAAAGUAUCUUUAUUUCUAAUGCAUCCUGUUGGAUGUCCAACCCAUUGUAUGCGUUCAAUAGUUUUAAGGGGGACCCGACAGCCGGCAGAUAAUUAAGACGCAUCAGCUAUUUGUAAUCAUUGGUGGGCAACUCUCUCAUUUGUCAGUCUCUUUUGAAAUCUGAAACAUCAAAAAAGCAGCCAGACAAUUUGAAUCACUUUAUGGCCGCUCGAUGUCCAGUGAUGACCACGGCGGAGAUUAUAAAUCACGGGUAUCGUCACCAGCAUCGGUGCUGAGACUCCGUGAAGGGAGCACGUGCCACGGGCGUCCAUAGUCGCCCAGAUCUCGCGCCAUCCAUCACUCUUAUCACCGUCGAUCAUAAACUACCUGUCGGCGGAUAUGUUCAACACUCAGAAUGAAGGCUCGUGGUCUCAUUUGUCCCCCCACGUGCACACAAGGCGGAGGCGACAUGGGCAAAUUAGAUCUAAUGAUGUGUAUCAAUUCCGUCAAUAAAUCAGGCUCUAUCUUGUU